AUGAUUGAUACUGGUAAUAAGUACAAGCGUCCACUGCCCAUUAGAUCACGUAUAAGAAGCAUAAAUCCCAAUUCGCCAAACUACCAGGUCGUUAGAGUAAUUCCGUACAACCUUUUCUCUGAUGAUACCAGUGGUAAUUCCACAUCAAAAUGGAAUUGUUUCGAUUCGUGGUCGAUGAAUCCUGCCGCUGUUCCUCUUAGUGUUGCCAAUCAUUAUUUGAAUCAAUUUUUUAUAUGUGGAUCAAAUCGCCAUACUGCUAUGGAACAGUUGCCUUCCCUUGUCCCCGAUUUAAAGAAACUGGAAACUGGUCUGCCGAUGUUUGAUGCUAUUCUCAAGGAAGAAGUCUUUGUUGUUGCUCCUCUUUUGUUUAUCAAGGCUGACAAUCCUCGUCAUGCCGAGGUUUCUUGUUUGAAAGCUUCAACAGCUACUUAUCCGUGUAGAAAAUGCUUCUGGUGUCGACAUGCUGAUGCUUUUGAUCCUAAUAGAAUUACCACGGCCGAAGAACACAUGUCAGUUCCAAGAGAAAAAGGUCACUGGAUGAGUUUAUUUCCAAGCGAUGACUCGGAUAGUACUGAUUUCUCGAUACGUGUUCGUAACAGACAGGGUGAUUAUAUCAUGGUCGAAAACUUGAUGGACCUCGGCUUCAAGGAAACUGCUGGCAAAAGGCUUUUGACGUUGUCUUCUUGGGAUCCUAGCAAGGAUACACCGGUAGAAAUUCUGCAUGGCCUAUGUCUCGGUUUAAUCAAAUACACGUUCAACAAAGCUGCUGAUUGCUUUUUCAACAAGAAGCAGGUUGAUCGCAUUAGUAUUUUGUGUGCAAAGUAUGGGUCUAAGGCUUUUACCAAUUUGUCGACGUGUCAUGAACUCAUUUCAUCAUGUCCUAGAUCAUGCCUUGAUUUUAAACCCUUGUGA